AUGUGGCCAUCAUACACAUCCAACAGCAACAGCACAACUUCGACGGCGACGGUCCGUUCGAACUAUUACCAACCGGCCGGCGGAAACGUCACCCCAUCCUCGGUUCAACCCACACCGGCCCAAACUGCCAGCGACCCGGCGCUAGGCUACGCGCAUCCACCGGCGGCAACUGCUCAUCAGGAAACAUCCCCAGCUGUGCAGAACAUGGGCUCCACGCAUUACACGCCAUUCACACAACCUCCGGUUACUCCGCCAACUGGUUCGACAGCGUCUAGCGCAAGUAGAGGAAGCAACGGUGGUCGCGGGGGCUCUUCAACAUCGCAACAUAUGCAGCAGCAGCAUCAACAUCAACAACACACACAAACGCAUCUUAUGCAGCCACAGCAGCAGCAGCAGCAGCAUGUUCCUCAUCACCAGCCACAGAUACAGCCGGACUAUCCGAUGCAUUCGCAACCUACCGCUUCCCCGUACAUGAUGCCAACGACGCCGUUGCCUACAACGAGCGGUGGCGGAGUGAACGCGGGCGAUUCGAUGGCCACUUCCGCUUACCAGCAGCCACAGCAUCACCAGCAUGCAACGCAGCACCAACAACAGCCUCAGCACAAUCAACCUCAUCACCAUCAACAGCAACAUCAAGCGGCCGUGUCGUCUGCAAGUUACGCGCCCUACUCUUCAUCGUCCGCUCCGUCCUACGGUGGAGGGUCUGCGGUUGCAGUGGCGGGUCAAAAUUCGACCACAACAACCACCACCAGCGCGACCGUCGCGAACGGAUCCGCGUUCCAUCGGCCGGAAAGUGCGACGACAAUGGGUGGGACGACCGUCUCUACGACGCCCGUGUCCACCUAUGACACCCCGCCGACGUACAUUCCCGAUGCUAAUGCGCCAACCACCGCCUACCAUCAGUACCACCCACCCUACCAGUCCUCCCAGUACCAUCAUCAUCAGCCCCAGGGAUACUACCCUCCACCGCCGCCCCCUCCUUCCGCCUACUCGUACUAUCCCUCGACGGUGGGACCGUACGGCACGGCGCAACCCGCCGACCCGUCCCAGUACCACUCCUAUCCACCGCCACCGCCACCGACCGGCGCUCCGCCUCCUUCAGCCGGAGCUGCCGGAGCGGCGACGACCGCCAGUGGCUACAACUAUCCUCCCUACCCCAGCCAGUCCGGCGUUGGUCAGUGGCAAUAA